ACGCUGCCGAUUGGUCCGCGCCGCCUGUCGCUACGACGUGUCCGCCCCUGAUUGGACAUGGAGGAGCCGGAUCAGCAGCAGCGGGCCCGCGUGCGGCGGUACCGCUUCACGGCGGGGCGGGAGGCGCUGGUGCUGCGCGUGCCUGAGGUGCCGGACUCGCAAUACGGCACGUACGUGUGGCCCUGCGCCGUGGUGCUGGCCCAGUACCUGUGGGCCCGCAGGGGAAGCCUUCCCGGGAAGCGGGUGCUGGAGGUGGGAGCGGGUGUGAGCCUGCCUGGUGUCCUGGCUGCCAAGUGCGGGGCUGAGGUGACGCUGUCGGACAGCGAGGAGCUGCCGCGGUGCCUGCAGAGCUGCCGGAGGAGCUGCCUACUGAAUGGGCUGGCCCAGGUCCCUGUCCUGGGGCUCACCUGGGGGCGCAUAUCCCCGGAGCUGCUCUCUCUUCCGCCUGUAGACAUCAUUUUAGGAUCGGAUAUCUUUUUUGACCCCAAAGACUUUGAAGAUAUUUUAACUACAGUUUACUUCUUGCUGGAAAAGAACCCACAUGCUCAAUUCUGGACUACUUACCAAGUCCGAAGUGCUGACUGGUCUAUCGAAGCUUUGCUCUACAAAUGGAAACUGAGGAGCAGUCCCAUUCCCUUGCACUCCUUUGGAGCAGACAAAGAGCACUUGGCCAGCUCUUCCCUACCAGGAAGACAUACCAUUGAAAUGAUGAUCAUCUCACUAGCACAAGCAGAUAGUACUUAAGUUUAUUCCACUUGUUUCCAAUACAAAAUGAUACUGAACUGGGAACUGUGUGUUGUAGCACAGACCAGCAGAAAAGAGUCCUGUUUAUAGCAAACCUCAUGCAUAUUUGGUGGGAAGCAGAUCCCUUUAAGUAAUCCUUAAAACAUGCAAUGUAAAAAUAAAGCUGUUUGAUUGUUCA